UGGUCAGAACGCUGAGAGGCAGUGAACAGCAGAGGUCUAACGUUAGCUCAGCUACUCAUUAGGACAGAGACACAUUCAACUGUGAAGACGUUUUUUGCUGUGAACAUUUCUGAAAGCAAAUGUUAACUUUCGGAUAGUACCGUUUGCUAGACUGUCUAGCGUGUCGGGAGCUAGCUUUCUGUUUACUUACUGGUGUUCUGCGGUGGAAAUAGGAAAAAUGUCGUCUCCAAGUCCGGGUAAAAGGCGAAUGGAUACCGAUGUGGUGAAACUCAUCGAGAGCAAGCAUGAAGUCACCAUCCUCAGUGGACUCAACGAAUUUGUAGUGAAGUUUUUCGGACCACAAGGAACACCGUACGAGGGAGGCGUGUGGAAGGUGCGAGUAGAUCUUCCUGACAAAUAUCCUUUCAAAUCGCCAUCAAUAGGAUUCAUGAACAAGAUUUUUCAUCCCAACAUUGACGAAGCGUCAGGGACCGUGUGCUUAGAUGUCAUCAACCAGACAUGGACAGCCCUUUAUGAUCUGACCAACAUCUUUGAGUCGUUCCUGCCGCAGCUGCUGGCUUACCCAAACCCCAUCGACCCCCUGAAUGGAGAUGCAGCUGCCAUGUACCUUCAUCGGCCAGAGGAGUACAAGCAGAAAAUCAAAGAGUACAUCCAGAAAUAUGCAACAGAGGAGGCGCUGAAGGAGCAGGAAGAGGGUGCAGGCGACUCUUCAUCUGAAAGCUCCAUGUCUGAUUUCUCAGAAGACGAGGCCCAGGACAUGGAGUUGUAGUGAUAGGAGGGCUCCCCCAUCCCGCCUCCUCCUUUAACCCCCCACAGAGACUAUAUUUGAUUUCCUAACCAUGAGAAAGCAGACUUAUAAUAUUCAUAUUUAAACAAGUUGAUUUUUUUAUUAUUAUUAUUACUACUAAACAAGGAUUUUUAUGGAUAUCUAGCCUUUGGUGUGUUUGACAGACACCCCUCCCAUUCUGUAGCUGUUUCUCCCUGCACAGAUGUCGCCAUUGCUUUCACACUCUCUCUCCCCACGUUUUUAAGGUGUGUCACGUAGGCGUAGACAGGAAAUCGCCCCGCAAACAUCUCAUUUCUUUACUCAAAUUUCACUUUUUUAAAACAUAAAAAGUAAAUAUGUUUUGACCUGAAUCCUAAUUUCCUUUCAUUUUCCACAAAGCUAAUUGAUUCUGACAAACAUUUAGCUUGUUGCUCCGCUACAGAGCUGCUAUGGUCUUGCUUGCCUCGGUGUACAGGUCUACAAUACGAUCCUGUAGUCAAGACAGUGUUUUUAAGCCGCACAAUCACACAGAAGGUGUCAUAGCACACCUUAUAUAAAAAAUACAAAAAGUGUAGUGCCAGUAGACACUCAUAAAUCAACCCUGAAUGCUUCCUAAGCAUAUCUUUUUCUACAUAUUGAUUGAGACAUGUCAGCAAAAAAAUGUACCUUUCUUUCUCAUUUACUUCAGAUUCUACCUUGACAUGUUACGAAACUUUUUGUUACUUUUUGUAAACUUGCUGCAGCUGCCUGUCUACAUGUGCCGCUGUGCAGUUCAAAAUAAAUGCUAAAGAAGGCCAGGUCUUGGAAAACAAAUGAAUUAAAUACAUGCCUCGUUACAGAGUGAGUGACAAUGUGGUGACAAAGGUGCGUCGGGUGCUUUCGGUGUUGAUUUAUGGAACGUACACUAGCUGCACAAACUGUGUGGAAGGAUCGUGCACAAAGGCAGUGAAGACAGAAGUGGCAUUUGUGGAGUUUCUGGUCAGAGUCAGUUGGUAUGAUGGGAACUGGAAGUAGAUCAGAGCUACCCUUUAACCAUCUAACUAUAUGAAUUUAAUUUUUCAUGCAGCUCGCUCUGUCAGGAGAAGCAUCAAACACAUUCUAACUGUGCAGGAUGCCACUGGCUUUCAAUCACCUUUCCCGCUUUAAAAAACAACAACUUUGUAACAAUAUUAUUGGUCAAGAACAACUUUUCAGGUAGAGAAAGAAUGUAAUUAUCACCGUUCCUGGUGAAUUUAGAAAACCAGCACCAAAGUCAAGUUUUAAUUUAAGCGAAAAAAAAGCAACAAAAAUGGUUAUAUGGUUAUUGAGUGGAUCUGAGUAAAAAUGAAGUGAUUUAUUGAAUAUUCCGGUUUGUGUAGUAUCGGUCCUCCUCACAUUCCACUGUUACCUGGAGUUUGCUCCCAUGCAUGCCCCUCAUCUUGGUCUGACCUGUGGUAUGUCCCCCGGCUGCAUCAACUGGACUCCCACACUUUAUGUCUGCCUACAAGGAUCUCUAUUAGGAGCACUAGUUUGAAGAAAAUUACAAAAUAAGAGCCUAAUGUAUGACAUUUUAGGCUUAUAUUAAUUUUGCGUUGAGGGGAAAUUCAUAUGUCCAGAUUUGAUCUUAUCUAAAACAAAACUGGUGUUAUUCAUUGUUGAUUCAAAGUGACGGGAUGAGAUGUAAAUCCUUGAUGUGUGGGAAGAAAUUGCAAUUGCAGCUUUGACUUUUGGCUGUUUUUUUUCCGUCUUUUGUUUCCUGUAUUUUUUUUUUCUCCUUUUGCCCGAUGGGGGGGUCAACACGUUUGGAUUUUUAUUUUUUUUUAUUUGUGUGUACAGCAUCUACCUUGUACAGUGAUAAGACACCUCUCUGUAGCCUCAUGAAGAGUCAGCGUUGAACCCAAAACACUGACCGAGUGUUACUUGUCGAGGCUGACAUGGCAGUCAAACUACCUAGAAAAACCUUGAAAUGUAUUCACUUCAUAGAUUGCAGUAAGAAUCACUGGUUGCUUUGUGGCAGAUUGUGGAUCCUGAGUGGGAGAUUCAAGGCCGAAUCAUACAUAAAAAGGUCACCUUAUCACCUCUGAUCUCAACUCCCUCUUCUGUGCCUCAUCACAAAUCGAAGGGCGACCGUUAAAGAAGUCCCCAAAAACCAUGUUUCCAAAAAGGCGUCAAGGUCAAAAACAACAAGAAAAGCACUUUUUUUUUUGUUUUGUUUUUUGGACACAUCCUACUUUUAAUCACCUCUUUCUGCAAUGUGAUUCUGUGCAAAUUGUGAUUUCACGUCUAAAUUUCCACUUCUCUGUUGCAGAUAAGGGGAUUUACCCAGGGCUGUGGGUUUAUUUGAGCUAACGUAGGAUUGUUAGACUUUUCUGGCUCAGGUUUGAAACACAGUUUGGUUGUAUCUUGCGUAGUGAUUAACAUUUUCACCCGGGACGUACUGAAAGGAUGGAAAUCAUGCUAAUAUUUGUUGAGCUGUGUUUUUGACAGGAUAGUUAGUUUUUCGCUGGGUGUUUGACUUCAACUAAACAACAUUUGCUAUAUGGCUGUAUUACAGAUAGGGUUAGCUAGUUUGGUACCUGAUAAAGCAUUCAUUGCUCAUCUGAUUUUUAGUUAGUGUCUGUUGUGCGGUUAAUGUAAGAUGCUCCAUAGACAUGCCUGCUUGUCUUCUUCUUGCAGAUUCAGAGUUGUACAGAUGAGUGUGAGUGAUUUCAAACUUGGGUGAUGUUUGACCUGUAGUGAGCCUGAUAGAUCUAACUGUACAGAAAUCAAAUGUGUGCUUCAGCCCUUUACUUGAGAUUGGAUUUUCUUCAAAAAACAUGAUGAAAAAAAAACAUAUACGCUCAUAAUUAUCACCACAUUUUGAAUUGAACAGAGACACUUAGUUUGUUUUUUAAUUUCCAACAUUUAUCUGAAGGCUGUUUAAAGCUAUGGGAUAAUGAUUUCUCUCAUCCAGCCCAGGGAGGUUUUUUUGAAUGUUAAUGUCGGGGUUAGCUUCCAACAGGACGCAACCAUUUUAACUUUUUGUGCUAUUCAACAUGUUCAAGGCAGUAUAAAGCUAUGUGAAUGUUUUCAUGUGUUCAGUGUUUGGGGUGACAUUUGUGAUCCACAUCCACUCAAACAGAACAAACCUGCAAACUGUGUGCAGAUCCCCACUCUCAUAAUUUGGCUUUUGUUUUCUCCUCUAAAGCUGCCUAUAACUGUUUAUUUAUUCAUUAAAGAGACCUCCUUUUUUUGUUUUUAAUCUUGGUCGUGAAGCGCCGCUGUUUUAAGUUAUGGAUCAACUAAACUAUCACACUGAUGAGAACUUUUUUGUUUUAAGUCAUUCAGAUUGGAAUCCUUGUUUUACUUUACAUUUGUGCAGUAUUGUACUUGAGUGCUGAAAAUACAGUAUAUCCGAGUUGAGAAUUGUAAUAAAAAUAGCACAUUAUGAUGCAAUGGUGCAACAGGGAACUAAUGAUAUUUUUGUCUUUUUCAAAAACAAGACUUUUUUUGUGUUUGGGUAAAAUCCUAGGUUUGAUUUUCAGCAUGAUUUGAAUCUGCUGGGCAAUAAAUUGAUGAUAUACUCAGCUGUGGCCUGGUGAUGCUCUGGUAAACAUGACAACCAUCUAAUAAUUUCAGUGCCCUCCCUUGUUCUCUCUCUUUUUUUUUUUAAUGCUCUCCACAUUUACUUAUUCAAGGUCAAGAGAAAUAAUUACUGCCUUUGUGUUUCAGGUUGUCUUUAACCCCAGUCCAGAACUAAAGAAAAUCAAACCAGUGAAUGAUUAUGCUUCCCAUUGCAACUUGAAUUCUAAAUUAUUUUUUGAAAAAGUGUGGAAAAAUAUGUUUAUUGUGCUUUUAUUUAAUUCCCUUUUGGCUUUCUCCCCUCCUCAUCAUCUGCUUUAAGACCACAGGUGUACAGAUGUCUUAACUACCCACAGUUUUAAACAGCAACUCCACACAACACAACACAACCACAUUAACAUGAUUGACUGGGCCUCAAAUUUCUACCUGCAAGCCUGCAGAGAAGCUCCAGUCCAGAGCCAUAGCCCCGCACCCGGACUCACACACUCCCCCCCUCACACCCUGCCGGAUACAAUAAGGAACGAAGGGCCUCAGCAAAGCGAAUGGACUGCUGUCAUUAAUCCAUAGACAGGACGUCCAGGGCCCGUCCUCCGUUUUUAUCAGCACAGCUGCAGAGAGCCAGCACCCUGACCCUGUAAUAUCACCUCCCCCCUUCUGUGUUGACUGUGUCUCCUUGUGCACUUGCAUGCUUCUGGUGUGGAGUCGAGGCUCGCUUGGUGCACACCUCCCAUUCUGUCUUGUGCUUGUGUGGAUUUGUGCCCCGUGCUGGCCGGCCUACUGCUGCCAUCAGGGGAUUUAGCAGGCACACACACACGGCAUGGAAAAUGGCAGGUUUUUUUUUUAUAGAAACUAUGUAUUUGUUACCUAGUGUGUGAUAACUUGAGGGUUAAAAAGUCAAAAGGUUUAUUUUUUGUUUUGUUUUGAAAAGUCCAUCCUUGGUCUUAUUUUUAUCACCCUCUUUGCCCUCCUCUUGUUUUUCUUUGCAUUGUGAAGUGGGCAUGCUUGUCAAAAAGACAAAUGCUCUCUAUUAAUAGGCUUAUAACCUCAUAAAUAGUUGUGUAUAAAAUAAACUGUUAUAACUUCUUUUUUAAUAAAACAUUCAAUGUGUAUAAAA